AUGAGCCACAACCUUUCGCCAUACAGCACUGGUGCCAGCCCUACAAAUGUAGUCGCACACAAACCACCACCAACAAAACGAAUGAGGAAACUACCACCAGAAAAGAGACAAAAGGUAUCAUCGGCAUGUGACUGGUGCAAGAAACGAAAAUUUAAAUGCUCGGGAUUAACACCAUGCGAGUUGUGUUCAAGAAAGGGCCACGAAUGUACCUACACCAUUAUCGAUAAGAGAUCGUUGAAAAGCGAAAGAAUGUUGAAACUCAAGGAAGAAAAAUUGAGGCUCGAACAGGAGAACAAUGUACAUGGAGAAAACGUUGCUAAAGAUCAAAUACCGAGACAAGGAAGUAGUCAAUUAUAUGCACCACCCCAGCAACCACAACCACUACAACAACCACUACAACAACAGUACCAUUAUCAGUACUCUCCACAUGAGACAUAUCCUCACCAACAGAUAACCCCACCCGAUGGUUCAAAUCACUACCUCCAGCAACACCAACAACAAUACCAGAAUCAGGGAUAUUUUGGUCCAAUCCAUCCAUUACACAAUAGCCAACUAGACACCCGGUACUAUCCACAGCAACAACAUCAACAACAACAGCUGUAUCCUUUCCCAUCUAUCCCGCACCAUACACCCCUACCAAGACCAAGCUUGUCGCAUUCACCGGCUGACACUAUCAGACCCGUACCACCUUCCAACCCUUCAAACUGUAGCUUACCGCCAAUGCGACCACCAUUUACAAGUCAAUCAUCAAACCCAUCGAUAGUAGACAACACAGUAAAGCCACCACCAAUUACUAGUCAAAUCAGUCAAAAUAGCCAGACUAGUCAAAAUAGCCAGACUAGUCAAAAUAGUCAAAAUAGUCAAAAUAGUCAAAAUAGCCAAAAUAGCCAAAAUAGCCAAAAUAGUAUGCCCACGCCAGAAACAACACCCAACUCUGUGGUUGGUACUCCAGGCCACAACAGUAUACCAAAGUCACUACAACCACUACUUUCCUUCCCAUUAGAUAACAAAAACCAAACAUCAUCGGCUGUCAAUGGUGAUGGCACUAUUGAUAAAGAAGGCGACACUGGUAUACAAGACAUGAUCACCGAAGACGUUGAACCACUAAGUGACGAUCUGUCAUCUUGCGAAGCCAAAGAUGGUGUUUCAAAUCAAGCUGGUAAAAGCUGCAUCUUGCUAAAUGACAAGUCUGGCACAUUUAGGUACAUGGGAGAAACAAGCCCCUUAUCUGUAUUGUACGAGACCCGAAAUGUCUUUUACCAAUAUGUUGGGCUGACAAAAUUGACCGAAGACUUGAGGGGAUGUCCCGUUACUGAUAAGCCAUUGAAAGUCGAAAAAGUUAUAACCGAACUACCCAGUAUUGAGGAUAGAGACUUGUUCAUUCAACAAUUCAAGAGAAAUAUCAAUGACACAUUCUUUGUAUACAAUAUAGACAGAUUCUACAAAGAGAUUGUUGAACCCGUGUACCAGGAUCCACUCGAUGAACAUAACCAAACCAAAUUGGUACAAUUAUACUUUGUAAUGGCCAUUGGUGCCACGUACUAUGACUUCACUAGAAAAAUACCCGAGGCACCACUUGGUGCCAAAUACUUCAAUUCAGGACGAUAUAUUUCGCAAUUGUUAAUUGAAGAUAGCGAAUUAUGGUGUGUUGUUAGCCACUAUUUACAAUUCCAUUACUAUCAAUCCAUCUUGAAAAAAUCAACCGCUUGGAUUCACUUGAACACUGCAAUCAAGUAUGCGCAAUCAUUGGGACUUCAUCGCUCAUUUGUUAAUGAACAGUUUGCACACAAAUCGGAUGAAAUCGAAUAUAGAAUGCGUCUUUUCCGUUCACUUUACUCGUCUGAUCGUAUCUCAUCGGUAUUUAUUGGUAGACCAAUAGCAAUCAAUGAUUACGACUGGGAUGAUCCAACAAGAUUUAAACCAUCAAACACAUUGGCGACAAAUUUGAACUUUAAUGCCAAGUGUCAGAUUGAAGUUGCACGAGUCUCGACACUAGUUGGAAAAAUUGUGGCCAAUUUUUAUCAGAAUAGAAUUAUUGAUAUAAACAGAACUAAAAAUCUUGCUGUACAGCUCAAGGCUUGGUCUGCUAACCUUGAUCCGGUGUUGAAAAUCGAAUCAAUUUUGAAGCCACUGGACAUUCCCAAUAAUGAAGAUUUUGGAAACACUCAGAUUGUGCUCAUGAUGCAUUUACUUCAGCUAUAUGCAAUAAUGUUGCUUUCACGGCCUUUCUUUAUGUUUGAAGCUGUAAGCAAUAUUAAUAAGGAAUUCAAAAAUUCUACUUUGAAGGAUCGCGAAUCUUCUAAGCAAUUUUGUCGUGCUGCAGUUAAGGCCUCUAUAUUGGCUAUCAAGUUGAUGAAUCAUUAUAUUAACACUGCUUUUAAGGAGGUUAAGCGUAUGGAAUGUUAUGUCAUCAUUACAUGCUCCUUCUAUAGUUGCAUAUUCAUUGGUAUCACCAUCCUCAAUGGUGGAUUAGAGGACGAGGGAUAUACGGAAUCUGAUCUUCUUACAUUAUUGAAGAAUUCAGUCUACGUUCUUCAUCAUUACUCAACUUGUAACAAGGGAGCUGAGAGGUAUGCUGAGAUUGGCGCAGAUCUUGUUGGCGCAUUGGUCAAUAGACACAACACCAAGGGAAGAAGCAAUGCAUCGGGAAGUGAAAGUGCUCAAACUAUGUCUAACAAAGUUGUGGUGAAGGAUGAAGAGUAUGAGAGCGAGAAUAUUCUCAAUUUGUUCCAAUUUGGUCAGGACCCAACAGGACAAGAUAUUCAAUCGCUUGUGGACUUUCAGCAAUUGUUUGUGUCUCAUGAUAUCGCAAGUGCGGGGGGAAGCGUUGGUGGAGCUAGCUCCAUGCCCUAUGAUUAUGGAAAUUAUGAUUUAUUUUUUGGCGAUAAAUAUUAG